AUGAACACCACACACCAGACUAUAUCAGAUGCUGUGGUAGUUAGCACUAACUACUGGAUUGCACCUGAAUAUUCAUUCUCGGUGGGGAAUGAGGACUACUAUAAUCUCGACCAAGCCCGCUCUGCACUGAGCGGAUCAAGUGCUGGUGGAAAUUUUGCCCCGGCGGUUCCGUUUCGACCUUGUAAAGAGCUCGAUAAGCGAAAGUCAUAG